AUGAGUAGAACAUUCAUUGGAAUUGCGGUAGCUUCGUCAUCAGGAGAUACUCAUUCGAACAAGGGGGUUAAUUACGCAGCCGGGUUGAGACAGGAUGCUUCAGGGCUUCUAGGAACAACACUUCUGAUCAAUGAAUUGGUUAUACCUUUCGUUGCUGGCGGAUUUUUAUAUAUCGGAGCAGUCGCAGUUCUUCCAACGCUUCUUGAGGAGAGCAAGUCAGGAAAGCAGGCACUGCGCGAGUUUGCUGCGAUGUUCUUUGGAGUCGCGUGCAUGUUCUUUGUUGCUUGGAACGAAUAG